AUGAUGGAAAAUCAGAUGACCCAAGUUGCUCAACAAAUCAGUCAUCUCUCAAAACCUUCAGGCCAACUUCCACGGCAAACCGAACCAAACCCAAAAGGGUAUAUCCAUGCUAUCUCAUUGAGAAGUGGUAGAGAAUUGCAAGAUCCCUAUAGGAAGAUGAAUGACCAAAGGAAGAGUGUAAAAGAGUCCAAAAAGCCGAGUGAAGAAGAUCAAGGCGAAAAAGUGUUGGAAGAGGAAGCUAAGGAGACUGAGAAAAAGGAACCUGUUGUCAUACCUAUUGCACCAUACAAGCCACCUGUUCCAUUCCCUCAAAGAUUGGCACAAGCAAAGCUAGAGAAGAAGUAUGAGAAGUUCCUUGAUAUUUUGAAGAAGUUACACAUUAACAUCCCUUUCUUGGAUGCUGUCUCAGAGAUGCCUUCUUAUGCUAAGUUUUUGAAAGACAUGCUUUCCAACAAGAGAAAUAUUGAAGAGAAUGUCAUUGUUUCAGUAACAGCUGAGUGUAUCGCUAUUUUGCUAAACAAGUUUCCAAAAAAGCUAGGAGAUCCAGGCAGUUAUUCUAUUCCUAUUAAGCUUGGUGAUAUUGAGAUCAAGAAUGCCUUAUGUGAUCUUGGGGCAAGUGUCGGACUCAUGCCCUUGUCAAUCUGCAAGAAGCUCAACAUGGGCGAAUUGAAAUCCACACGCGAUAGCAAGUUGAUCGAUUAA